ACUUACCUCUUCAAAAUCUUGGUGCAUCUUAUACACCGGUGCAUCUUAUAGUCCGAAAAGUAUUAUAAGAAGAAGCACGGCUAUCUCCUGCUUACUCUCGUCUCUUUAAAUAAACAGAUUUAAGAAGGACGCAAAAGCAUCUCUUGAAAAAUACGGUUCGUAUUUCUCUUCAAGAAGAUUUGAGAAAGGCACCUGUUGAAAAGAUGAAUGUUUGCCUAUUUAUUGUGAAUUGACUGAUGCCAAGAACUGGCACAACUUAAAAUCUACUAGAUAUGGAUGGAUUUCAUGCUGUCUCUUUGUUCCUGGGUAGAUCAAAGAGUUGACAUCAUUCCUCUGUUGAGCACAAACGGAUGUGACAGAGGAAAAAGAUGGCAGUAGGAUCAAGACAUAGAGAGAAAACUAUGUCAGUUCUGGAUAGCCGGGGCCUUCUAAGCUUGUGAUGUCACAGAAUUCUUGGAACUUUGCCACCAACUGUCAUUUGGAUCCAUUGAACUUCUGAAGGGCAGUUCAGAAUUUUUGAAUGUUCACCUGAGGCAAGCCACUGGGGAACCUGUGUUUGGGACAGCAAGAGAAAACCGUUUCCUUGAUAUGCCUCAGGACGGGAAGAAUCCGAAAAUAUCCCAAGAUAUGGAAGGAGAGCUAGAAUGGAGCAUGGGGGAUCCUUUCGACCAGUUGGAGAAGCUCCACGGCCUUCCUGAUGAGGAGAAGGGCGAGAAGGCCCUGCUGCGUUCGCGCAUCAACGAACAGGCCCAGUUGAUCUGCAUCCUCAAGAAGAGAGCCGACGACCAACUCUUGCGCUGUAAGACGCUGGAACAGAUCAACGGCGAGCUGGAGGAGACGAGAAGGGGGGAUGCCUUGAGGUUGGAGAAUCAGACGCGACGCAUCCAGCACCUGGAGCAGCGCUUUAUGGACUUGGCUGCCAACCACGAAGAAAUGAUCCGCUUCAAAGACGAGCACAAACGGCAGAAUAAGCAGCUCCGAGAAGAAAAUGGCCGCCUGCGUCAGGAAAACGAAAGCCUUUUCAGCCAACCUUUGAAAGAUAAAGAAAAAGAUCUGGCCCAACUUUCUUCCGAGUUCAAGAAACUUUCCACGGAUAUGGAGGCCUUGAAGAAAACUUACCAGCAGCGCUGCCACUCAGCCGAAGAACGAGAGAAUGAACUUCUGGAAAGCCAGAGAGAACAAACCAGAGUCUACACCAAGGAGAUGGACUCCUUGAAAAGGCAACUGGACGUCUUAGAGAAAAAACAAAAACCGAUCCGCCACCAACUGGAGCAAACAGAGAGGCAGCUAAGAGAAACUGAGAGCAGCCUGCAAGCCAAGCUAGAUGUCCUUGCCAAGGAGAAGGAGGACCUGUUGAAGCUGGCGAUGGAGAGAGGGAAGAUGCUUCAGGAAAAACAACGAGAGAUCCUCCAGCUGGAGAAGAAAGCGGAAGAUAUGGAGAAGGCCAAGCAGGCAGCCGAACAACAGUUUGAGACAGAAGCCGCCAUGGUGGAUAGUAACCUCCGAGUUAGAGAUUUAAGGCGACGUCUUGAGGGGGCAGAACAAGCUAACUCCGAGCUCCGAAUGCAUUUCGAAGCUUACAGAAAGCACAGCACCGAACUGCUGAACAAAGAGAAAGAGUUAAAUAGCAAAUUACGCCACUUUAUGGCGUAACGGACACAUUUAAGUAUUCCUCUCCAUCGGAAGCCUUCCUUAAGACUCGCCUUUUAACACAUAUGGGUUGCUUUUCUCCCCCCGUCGUAGUUGCUAAACACAACACCUUUUAUUUAGAGUUAGAUAGAUGGAUUAUUCUUAGGUGGCUGCGAUUGCUAUGUUGACCACGCAGCCCAGAGAGAAGUUCAAUAUUUAGAAUAACUGUCAAAUAAAUGUGUCAAGAUCAUAAUGCUUUCCGGUAUAAAGUGGAGAUUUUGCAUUUAAGCCUCGUGCCAUUCCUAACAUACUUAUCUUUGACCAGGAGUCGCUUAGGUUAACAGUAAAUGCAUUUUAAGAUACUGCUGACAGGUCUGCAGAUAGUUCUCGACUCUUAGCCAUUCGUUCAGUGAUGACUUGAAGAUACGGUUAGGUUUUGGUGCAGCUCAGAAUCUGAUAAAUCCAGGGGUGGGGCUCAGUUGGUUCGGACCAGUUCGGGCGAACUGGAUGUUAAUUUUGCAUCUGGUUCGCCGAACUGGUGGUUGCAAGGACGGGCUGACCCUUCCCCUCCCAGGAGUCUAAAUGCGGCUCAUUCAUUAUCGCAAGCAAGUUGCAGGGCCCUUGCAAAGUCUCUGGGAGGGUGAAAAAUGGGCCUUCUGGAAGUCCGGAAAUGGGCCAGUUUCCGGAGCCUGUUGGACAUUUUUGCCCUCCUAGAGGCUCAGGGAAAACCUCCGGAGCCUGGGGAGGGUGAAAAACAGGCCUACCGGAAGUACCAAAAAUGGGCCUGUUUCCAGCCUCCGGAAGAGACCGUUUUCGCCUUCCUACAGUCUUGGGAAAAUCCUCCGGAGCCUUGGGGGUGUGUGUGAAAAACAGGCCUGUUUACGGCUCCCAGAGGGCUUCCGGAGUCUGGGGGAGGCCAUUUUUGCCCUCCUAGAAGCUUGGGGAAAGCCUCCGGAGCCUGGGGCGGGCGAAAAAUGGGCCUACUGGAAGUCCAAAACCAGGCCUUUUUCUGUCCUCCGGAGCCCAUUGGAAGCUCUUUUCACCCUCCCGGAGGCUUGAGGAAACCCUCCGGAGCCUGGGGAGGGUGAAAAGCCCGCCCCCAUGUCGUGGUGCGGGAGGCCGAGUUGGCCACGCCCACCAUGGCCACGCCCACCCAGCAACUGGGCAGAGAACCGGUUGCUAACUUUUUUCAAUCCCACCCCUGGAUCAAUCCCAAUGAACCUCUGAACAUGAGGCAACUGGUCAUCAGUUUUAUUUUGAUCAAAGCAAAAGUGGGCGACCUUAAUCUCCCACUUUAAACAGGAAGGCAAGGAGAGAAAAGCAGGCAGGUGCAACCCCCCCCCCCCCCGUUUCCUUCUUAUACUUUACACAUCUUGCACAGAUUAUCAUUGCUAUAGAGACAUAAUUUCUUAUCCAUGGUUUUAUGCAAAGCUCAUGGUCCUCAGAAGUGGAAAGGAAUACAUUUUCUGGCAUAUAGCCCGGAGUUUGUUACAAAUUAUAUAUCUCAUAUUAUAUUGUCAUAGACAGACAGAAUUCACAUUUUGAAUUUACAGCAAGUUCCUUAUAGCAAAGCUUUUUGGCUUUAUCUCCUCAGUUAGCACAUUAGGUUACAAUGGCGCUUUACCUCAGCAAGGAAUAUCAAAAGUUUGAAUUAGUUACACUCUGCACAUGCUCUAAUCCAGUGUUUCUCAACCUUGGCAACUUGAAGACGUCUGGACUUCAACUCCCAGAAUUCCCCAGCCAGCAAAUGCUCUAAUCCUUUCAAUACAACACUGCUCUAAUCCUUAUAGGGCGGCCUAUAAGUGACAAUAAAUACCAAAUACUAAAUACCAAAUACUUUCAAUACAACAGUCCUUUCCACUUAGGAUUGUGGCAGCAUCCCCAUGGUCACAUGAUCAA